UACAAUCAAAUUUUAACUCUUUUUCAAGAUUUUUCCUGCUAAUUUUUCUGCUUUUCUAGAAUCUCAUUAUGAUUUGUGCAUUAAUUACAGAAUCAGCCUGUCAAUAAUCAAUCAGAGCCGAUUGAGGAAAGAAAUCAUCUGAUUUCCAUCUCUGGAAGAUUGAUAUACUUCAACGUAAAUAUCUACAAAAUUCAAAGAUUUACAAAUAAAAUAAGGUUACAUUUGUGGAGAUGAAAGACUUCAUAAAGAUGAAACUGUUUCAGUCUGUUUCCUGCUCUUAAAUCCUCCAACAUGGCUGAAGACAGAUGAUGAGAAAAGCGCUGAUGUGUCAGAAAGUUCAUCAUCAAUAGUUUACAAUCGAUCAGUCAAAGCUUUGAGUCCUGAGUCAGAGAUGGACAGUGACAUCUAGUGGCCACGUUUCGGUACUGCAGCUUAAACCUACAUAGACCAGGAUGCGUCAGUGUCCAGAAAAGAGAAAUUUCCUUCUGAUUAAACAUCAUCUGCUCUUCUUCAGCUACAGGAUUAUUUUAAACUUACAGACAGAAGAAUAAAAAUAUAAAGUUCAGUGUUUAUGUCAGGCAGGAAACCACAGAAACCCAACAGAGUCCGCUCCAUACGGAUCAGGAACCAUGAUGAGAGCAAACUAACAUAGCAGAGCUCGUCUGUUUGUGAUUGACAAAUAUUUUUUUAAAGCCUCCUAAUGUCUGUGGACCUGAUAUCCAGCUGCUUUCAUAUGAUACAGAUGGAAACUUUCACUUUGUGUCAUUUAAAAUUGACCUUUUAUGGACAUUAUGCAUCAGUAAAACUCUACAUGUGCAGACAGUAGUUAAACGCUGCUAUGUUAGCUCCGGGGUUUAGGUUAAUACUUUAGGGAAAACAUAAUUCAACCAAGCAGUCUGAAUACUGUGGUCUUCAGUUUCUGCUUCUCUGUCACUCUUAUAGUUUUCAGAUGAUUCAUUUUGGGAGAAAAGCUGUUCAAACCAAUCUGGAACUGUGUAAAAAAGUAAUUGGACUCACAUUCAUAAGUCUAAAUGAUUCAAGUCCAAAACCUUAUUCUUUUAUUUCCUUGAAUGAAAUUAAACAAUAUUAAACCUCCUCUCUGUUUCAUAAACAAACCGUUCUCUAGUUUCUGUUGCUGCUCUCUGUAAUUCUCCACAUAGAAACUUUGGAAAACGGGCAGGCUGAGACCCCAGUGGAAGACACGCCUCCAAGCUCUUCCUGGAAACGGAGGCCUGAUAACUCCUCCUAGGCUGCAUCCUGCCAACACGUCUCUGCUCCCUCCUCUUCAGAUCUGGACGUUUCCUGCUCAGGCUAACAGCUUCCAGGCCUCAUUCACUGCAGCAACACAUGAUGUUUAGAUCAGAGCUCAGAGCUGCUGUUCUACAGAGGAAGAAACUACGCAGUUGUUACUGAGAGCUGAAAUGGCGCAGGGAGGAAUUCGACUAGACGAAGAAAACUUCUCCUGUUCGAUCUGUUUGGAUCUACUGAAGGAUCCGGUGACUAUUCCCUGUGGACACAGCUACUGCAUGAACUGUAUUAAAGAUCACUGGGAUGGAGAAGAUCAGAGGAGGAUCCCCAGCUGCCCUCAGUGCAGGAAGGAGUUCAAACCGAGGCCUGAACUGGAGAAAAACGUCAUGUUAGCUGCUUUAGUGGAGGAUCUGAAGAAGACUGGACUCCAAGAUGCUCCAGCUGAUCACUGCUAUGCUGGACCUGAAGAUGUGGCCUGUGACGUCUGCACUGGGAAGAAGAUGAAAGCUGUCAAAACCUGUCUGGUCUGUUUGAUUUCUUACUGUGAGAAUCAUCUUCAGCCUCAUUAUGAAUCUCCUGCUUUUCAAAAGCACAAGCUGGUGAAUCCCACUAAAACUCUCAUGGAGAGCAUCUGCUCUUGUCAUGAUGAGGUGAUGAAGAUGUUGAUGGAUGGAUAUGAAACCGUCUCUGCAGAAGCAGAAAGAGCUGAGAAGCAGAAGGAGCUCCAGAAGUAUCGACAACAGAUCCAUCAGAGAAUCCAGGACCAAGAGAAAGUUCUGAGCGUCCAGAGUCUGACUGGACGUUGUUACUGGGAGGUGGAGCGAACUGGGAGAAUAGUUGGUGUCGGAGUUUCAUACAAGGACCCAAACAUUGUUGCAUCCCUGUUCCACAGCAAAGCCAUUCAACCCAACUUCCCUGAUCCUCCAGGAGACAGACAGGCCCACAGCAUCACUGAUCCUCUACCAUAG